CCUUGUCCAUUCCAUUCUCUUCGUCUUCCCCUUUUUCUGCUUCUUCUUCUCCUCCUUCCUCUCUUCAAUCGUUCUAAGCUUCUCUCUUUCUGUGGUCUGCGCGUGUAUGUAGCAGGUGGAUGGCAAGGACAAACAAAUACGCUACCAUCAACUUCAACGACAUCUACGAGAAGAAUAACAUCAAUACUGCCAACAAGAAACCCUCCUCUGCCCCCUCUGCAACUCUCAAUCCCAAGAAUACUCACCUCUCUGCUACUCGAACCCAUGGCGGAAUGCUCGUCCUGACCCGCCCUUCGCCCAAACCCCAACCCCAACCCCAACCCCAACCGCAACCCCAGGCUCCAACUCCGACGCAACCUAAGUCGGGGAAUCCCAUCCAGACCCCUCCUGAAUCUGACCCCAUCUCCCUCCGCCCUUUAGGUCGGACCGGAACCGGAACUUCCCCCUCUCCUUCCCCAUCUCUGGUGUCAUCAGUAAAGGAACCUGCAACUGCGCUGCACCCUGCGAAGCCAGAGCCCUUCGUUCCUCCUCAUCUGCGCCCAGGAUUCGUAGGACGUGAAGAGAGAGUCGCGCAGGAAGGGCAGAGACAGCAGGGGUUCCGGCAGCGCGAGUUCCAUGCCCACCAACACGGCUCGCCCUGUCGGUACACUGAAGACGGACGACCCAAAUCGGGAGAGAACGAGAGGAUGCGAAGAGGUGGCGGUGGCGAUUCGGAUCUGCCAGGGGAGAUGAAUCGUCCGUGUUCGGGUGGAUGGAAUGGUCCUUACGGUAACAGAUCUCCUGCUAGUGCUAACCAUAACUUUCAUCAUCAACAAUUCUAAGUGAUCCGAUGGAGAUUGAAGCGGCGUAGAAGAUGCAUCCAUCGUUCCGGUUGUUGUUGUGAUUUAAAAAGGGUAAAAAGGGAGAAAUUUUUUCUUCUUUUAUACAUCUUUUUGUCAAAACUGUUAUCUUUGUUUGUUUAUGUCUACAAUUUUUCUUCUUUUGGUUGGUUAUUUGGCUGCUAAUUUGAAUGAGGCGCUGUACACAUUUGGAAUCCUUAAUCAGAAAUUUGCCCUCUU